AUGCUCUGGAUCCUGGACCAUAUAGGACAGUUCCGCCGGCUGCCCGCGCGCUGGACGCACGCGCCCAAGUCGCAGUCGUUGGGCAGUCUGAUGCGGUGCGGCUGCGCGGAGGAGGCGGCGCCGCGGCGCUCGGCGCAGCAGCGGCGCGCGGCGUUCCAGCAGCGCGCCGUCGCUGCCCCGGCGCCCGAGCCGGCGGAGGCGCCGACGGAGCCGGUGGAGGGGCCGCUGAUGAUGCUGGACAGCGCGCCGUCAGUGGUAGUGAGCGACUACAGCCAGGAGGACGGCGGCACAGCGCACCGCGCGCUCGACGACUGGGAGACGACGAUGCCACAGGACAGGCGGCUCUCCAUCUGCUCGUCCUGCAGCACGGUGAGCUCGUGUGGUCGGGACCUAAGCCAGCGCGGCUCGCUGGUGGACCUCGAGGCCGAGGGCCUAGUGCUCGGAGGUGACGGCCGGCUGGAGCGUGCGCUGACACCCGACCUGCGCCACCACCGGCGCUCACUCGACCUGCACCGGCAGCGCUCGCUGGACCUGGAGCGCUCGCAGGCGCAGGAGCCGUGGCAGCGCUCGCUGGACAUAGAGUGGAAGCAGGCGCGACCGCGCGGCUGGCGGUGCGCGCUGGACCUCGAGUGGAGCCCGUCGUUGCACCCGACGUGGCGGCGGACGGCGGAGCCGCCGUGGCGGCAGCCGCGGCUGCCCGCCUGGCAGCCCUCGUUGGACCUGGAGCCGGACCCGCCGCCGCGACCGCCGCGGGUCCCGGAGGUGACCGAGAGCCGCGGCCACACGCUGACGGUGACACAGACGAGCGACGCGGCUGCGCAGGACGGUGAUGCGCUGAGGAAGGUGUCUGACUGCUCCUGCAGCAGCGUCAGCACCAUCAGCCAGGAGGACGAAGAGGAGGAGCUGUCCACCACCCUCACUGCCAACCAGGGACCCAUGAGGAACAAGCGAUCCGAGUCGGGCGGACGGCAUCACCUGACGCAGGCGCAGGUGCGCACAUGCCCCACACGAGUCGCGGCCGGCCUGGUCUGACGCCCGCACUCCUGCGCAGCGAUCUGAGUCGGGCGGACGGCAUCACCUGACGCAGGCGCAGGUGCGCACAUGCCCCACACGAGUCGCGGCCGGCCUGGCCUGACGCCCGCACUCCUGCGCAGCGAUCCGAGUCGGGCGGACGGCAUCACCUGACGCAGGCGCAGGUGCGCACAUGCCCCACACGAGUCGCGGCCGGCCUAGCCUGACGCCCGCACUCCUGCGCAGCGAUCUGAGUCGGGCGGACGGCAUCACCUGACGCAGGCGGCGGCGCCGUUCUUGCCCACAGCUGUGCGAGCCUCGCUAGCCAAUCUGCGUGAUAUUAGCCUGAUUAUCGUCGUGAUUAUAGCAGGUUCGCUUGGCUGAGGGGCUUCUCUGACGGCCGUCAGCUGGUCUAAGCGCCUUUUUGGCGCUGAUCUGCCGAAAUGUGCUCGCCCACGACAGCGGCUGCGUGGGUCGGCAAGCCGCUCCCAAAUUACCGCGACUCAGUCGCACAGAGGCUGCGGUCGUGCGCCGACAAGGCUCUGUCAGAGGCUGUACACGUCCGGGGUGCGUUGCGCGCGCCUGGCGGCACGUCGUCGGUCGAAUACGGGCGGCCUGUUUUCGUCAGGACCGCCGACGGAGCGACAGCAGUGGGCCACAGCGCCAACUCCUCUGAGUGUAUCCCAUACCUUGUUCUGGACGUGCGGGAACGCAUACUCGAUCGGCGUGGACCCCGGAACACAGAUCUGUCCGGCUGGCGGGGAGCCUGGGACGAGUGGCGUGCGAGGACUGUGAUUCAUCUGUGUAUUUCGGGCGUGGCCCCCGCUCCCCGCCUCCGCACGCCUACCCGCCAGUGCCGAGCCUCGGACCUAUGUAAUAACGCCCAGUGCGACGACGCGGAAAUCAUCGCCAGUGUGAAGCGGCGUCGUUUGCCGGAGCGAAGCGGUGUCGUUUGACGGAGCGAAGUAGGCGUCGUUUACCGGAGCGGAGCGGUGCUGUUUGCCGGAGCAACACGGUGUGGUUUGCCGGAGCGAAGCAGCAUCACCUGGCCAGUGUCGAGUGACAUCAUUUUCUAGUGUGUCGCUGCGACAUUCACGGGUGCGACCCGCGAUUCUCACGCCGCGGCGCUGCGACACGCCGCGCCACCGCCUCCCCCGAAGGCCUCACGUCCGCCGCCGCCGCGAACUCCGCGCCUCCGCCUCGGCCGAGUGGGCCGCUGCGGGCCCGAACGUCAGUCCGGCCCAGAGCCGGCCGUGACGUGACGUGGGCGGCGGUGACGUGACGUGGGCGGACGGGAGACAGCGAUGGCCGGCCCGGGGGCGGGCUACGAGUGCUUCCGAGGCGGCCUGAUGUCGGCUCACUCGUCCAUGGACUACGGCGACGCCUCGAGCGACGACCUCAGCUCCGAGUGGGAGAUUGAGCCCGAGUUCGGACAAGGCCACCGGAAGGUACCCAGGGCGUUAUACAUUGCAGCCCAGUCUCCCUCCAGCGUCAUAUCCGGAUUGUCACCAGCAACGUGAGCAGGACGUGGUGGGAGGACUCCGGCCACAUCCUGCUUUCGUUGCUGGUGACUUCCGGAUGUGACGAGGAGGGGAAAUACAUUCAGCUGCGAUGAGCAUCCCGGUGGCUGGGAGUGAAAGCGUAGGUUAGGCUCAGAUCCGCGUGAAUGGAAAAACACGAAAUGUAGGACACAAAGAGGACGCUUCCCUCGCUGUGGAUAUGCUGGAGGAUAUGCUGCACUUCUGUCGAAUUCUCUUGAUACCGGUUAUUUGUGAAUGCACUCCUGUUAUCUAAGGCGGACUUCUGGGCCGAAAUAGCGACGGACAGUGGCCAGCCGCAACAUUUAUGUGCUGUGCUUGUAAGGUAGUAAUGACGGUCAACAUCAAAUCAGGUUUGCUUGAAUUCUAGCCUGCCUGAAACUUUGGGCAAAACAUAUACAAUAACCGUUAAUAAUUUAAAAUGUUGGUUAUCCAGCUUUAAAGUCGGACCCCGUAUAUGUUAUGCGAACUGCACGCUAAGACUAUCGAUCAUAUAGACUUGCAUAACGAGAGCAGAGCAAUUAACGUGCCUAGCCCCCCUCCUCUGAAUGAUCCACAAAUGUGAAAAGUCCAUACAAAAGAUAGCAAACGGUCGCGCCGGCUUGCUCUGAUGUGUCGCUCCGCCGCUGCUUCAAGUGAACACACUCGUUCAUGUUUCGUUCAUCAAAACACAGACAAUAGAAAAUCCGAUUUUUCAUGUCGCUUGUCUGCUAUAUCGAUAAAUUCUUUUGUAUCUCGCUUGUCCAUAUCAGCGUUUGACAGCUUUACUGCCAAGCAUGCCACUGGUCGCUGCGCAGAGGCACCGUCACAUGUCCGGACGGGUGGACGGCGGUUGGCCAACGUGGAACGAUUAGCUACGCGACAGCCUUUCAAGGCAAUCGCCAGCUGACAGGCCCUGACUGCUGAGAUGGUUUCCUGCGUGCUCCUUCGGAAAUUCAGAUCAAGUCAGCCGUCCUUCCGGGGAUCCGAAGCGGCACAUGCCCGCUAAAGGCUUCCAUCGCUAUGUUGUUAAGCUCGUACGUGGUUCAGGUAUGCUUUUUGAUUCGUAGUUGGGGCCGUAGCUACCACCGGGUCGUUGGUGCUCAUAUUUUGCAGAAAGUUUGGGAAGAAUGGCUAUUUUUGUGCUUGGGCGAUACCAAACACGUCGGAAUCCAUGGCAUCACGGCAACUUUCAAUACGUGCUCGCAGCCCCCGCCUUCGGGGAUUGGUUGCCUGCAUGACAAUUAGCGGAGCAUUUGGCGAUUGCAAAUCCUAUAAUAAGCAUUCUACAUAAUUUUUCAGGAUAUUUCCAUGGAUUUGUUUCGUGUUGCAGUUCUCAUUGUGCUGUUACGUGGCGUCUACCUACCUGUAACUGGUGUCUACCUGACCUAACCCACUAUUUUAUAAUUAAUUGUACCCCGUUCAUCUCAGUCGACUUAAAACGUCCAGUGCCAAGUAUGUUUGCAUUUGACGUGUGCAGCAAAGCUUUUUUUGGCUAGAUGAUGUGAACAUCAAAAUGGACAUUCUCGCAGCUCCGUGCCAUCUUCUAGCCGCGAUUCAGCUCCCUCGCAUGGCACGCGGCUGCUGCUCCAGUCCGAGGCACGCGAGCGGGACGGUUUUGGCACUCUUACCACACCGCCCUGCGGCCGUUUGCGGCCGCGCGGCGAUUACGGGGUGUCAUUAUGGUCACACCGAUUAAAAGGAAACCACUUUAAUGGAGUAAGCGAGGGAAAGGAGCGGCGCGGCGGUCAUGGGCGGCGCCAGUCGCGAGCCCGCUGUGACUGAUCCAUGUCAGGCGGGAUUGGAGCCAUCCGCCAAAAUAUGAUGAAUCGGAGCAAGCGCGAAUUUCGAAACAGCCUACACCUGACUGGCGCCAAUAAGCGUCAAACUUUGUGGAACGCGGGCCCUGCGCCCGUCUGUGCAUGAAUAACGGUGUUCAAGUUGUCGGCGAGUCGGGCUUUGACGCUCCAAACGAAGUCGGAAACUUCGCCCAAUAGCAGUGCGGUAUCGCAGAUCGAGCGUGUAUCCCAAUCCCUCAUUUUCUCACAAAGUUUUUGAGAGCUUGUUGUGGAUAUGUUUAUUUGUCGCGCUGCACUGAAGUUUGGGUCACGUUGUGUUCGGGCGCAUGAAUCAGGUGUUACGACCUUCAACGUCUAUCCAACUCGCUACACAGAAUGCCGUUGCAUGUUGGCCACCUGCUCCCUUGACGUGGGCUGCAUUUUUGCCGACUCCAUGACCGUUAUUCUGCCUGUUCUGCUGCGCUGUCAUUGUGCAGCCAUGCUGGCACCAAUUCAGCUGGCUCUGCGACGGAUUUCCGCAUCGUGCCAGUGUGCGCCCCGCCAAGACGCCUCUGUUCCUGCACGGCUGAUAACCGCUCGUAGGGCAGGGAUAUUCCCUAGCAUAGGUCACAAUGGCGCGUAUAAGGCGCACGGGGUUAUACGAAAUUGUGUGAAGUUCAUGCAGGAUAAGCGACGGUGGGCGCCCGUUUGUGCCAGCUGCCAAUUGUCAAUCCGUGAAGAUUAGUAAUCUCCUACCAGCGACCGGUCCAGCAAGAGGCUCCAGGCAAUGCCACUUUCAUGCAUCGUGUAAUCUCUUCUGUGUCGUUGAGGUCUUGAGAUCAGCGUUAAAUGUACGUGGCCUCAAAGAUGACGUCAUGCAAUCAUCCCUGCGGCUUAACAGGGCAAGGAUAUUACCGGAUACAUGCCGGUAACACUGUGCGCACCUGCACAGAGUUUGCGCAUACGCCAGGCUCUGUUGUUUGAAUGUCCAGGUUGGGGGAAGUGCUGUGAGGAAUCCACCUUUUAAAUGAUGGUAUGGAUGUGCAGUUAUGUGUCCGUGUCCAUCAAGGCCUCGAGAAACCAAUGCUCCCAAAUGACAUGAUGAAAAGCGAAGUAACGGGACGAAGCAAAGACAGUCCCUUCAAGUGGCGUCCAAUGCCUGCGCGGUUAGACUAAAUGAACACAGAAUCCGGGCGUUAACCCGGAAACCAGUUUGAUCCGGUAUGCAGAUGCAGUGCGGACUCGGCACGCCGGUUUGCAUCAGCCCAUUUCCUCGCAGUUUGCGCCGAAGCCACAGACGGUCGGGCCACCUCGCGACCGCCUCCGGAUUCUUCACUCGAUCGUUCAUGGAACGCAGCUGGCUGUGUCGCAUCCACGCGUUGCACGUGGCAGAACGGCCGGCACGUGGCGCUGGUUCACCGGCGCGGCGGGCGUGCGCCGUUCGUGGUCGCCGGUCAGGUGGCUAGGUGGGUGUGGACGGGGGGCGCACAAGACAGGGCGUCGCGGACACCCGGCCACCGUCGCAAGGCAAGGCCAUCCGGCGUCGAGAUCCAGACGACGGGCCUAUGUCGUGUUGAAUCGGUCGCGUUUUGGCGCUGCGGAUCGGGUAUCGUGACACAGCUGUUGAGGUUGUCACGCUCGGCGGUCUCGGUUGCCGGGGCCGAUCCCUAAACGUCGCAGCGGUGUCACCACUUUUGGCGAAGCAUUGCGGUUGGUUUUGAUGUGCGAAAGUCGCCAACGGGCUGCCAACUGUACCGCUGAUUCACGUUGGCGACAGCUUAAGCAUUCUGCACUGCGUUCUGCCGGCGUGGUUGGCGAACGUUGUGCUGCCAGUCACCACGUAGUCCAUCUUUCACUCUUGCAUGCGUUCGGUGACCUGAGGUCUUGCGUUAAGCGCUGCUUAUCUAACUGCUUAACUAGUUAAGCGCUGCUUAACUUAAACAGUUUUGUUAGAGUCGGUUCCCAGCCGCUUGCCACCGCCUUAACAAUGAUAUUCCCUUCCCGAAAGACUUGGCCGUAGAUAAAGCAGCCCAUGCAUAUGUCGCGGAAAGACGGAGACCGCCCAUUCCCGGAGACUGGUCUUAACCGGACAACCCGCGGACUGCCCCACUCCGAAGACUGCCCCGCCCAAGAGACUGCCCCACCCCGGAGACUGCCCCGCCCGGGAGACUGCACCACCCCAGAGGCUGUCCCACCCCGGACUUGCGCCAUCCGUCCCGAUAUUUUGUUUCGUUAGAUCGCGUUUCACCUGUCGCGCCAGAUUAUUUCCACAAGUGUAGUGCUGAGUAUACGCACGUCGUUCAUCGAACACUGGGGCCUGCGAUAACCGAAGCUUGUCCUUGACGGAAACCCUGCCCGCCAUGUACAGAGUCGCGCCUGCCGGGUCCCUCGGGUCUUUUGGAGACUCUGGCCGACCAUGUACAGAGUCGCGCCUGCCGGGUCCCUCGGGUCUUUGGAGACCCGGGCCGGCCAUGUACAGAGUUGCGCCUGCCGGGUCCCUCGGGUCUUUUGGAGACCCGGACCGGCCAUGAACAGAGUUGCACCUGCCGGGUCCCUCGGGUCUCUGGAGACCCGGACCGGACCCGCGGCCUGUCCGAUGCUGAGCAACCCGGCGGCCAAGGGCAAGCAGCUUAUGGCAGUGGGCAGCGGGCCCACUCUAGCUCGGCGCUGGCUGGAAGGCUUACGCCGUCGCUCGCGGCACGUUUGCUGGCCCGAGGUCACCGCGAGCCGCCGGUGGAGGACUCGUGCCGUAGGCGGUGCAGUGUAGGAGUGCGGUGUGCAGUGGGUGGUGCAGUACGGUGUGCACUGCGCGCCCACACCGUACACAAGUGCACAAACCGGUGCCGCCCGCGCAGCCCUCCGCUUCGCGCAGCGUGAGCGUAAUUGAAAUAAUAAAUCGUUGCAUUGUUUGGACUAAUGGCUCCAGAAGCGUCUCGAAUGAGCCUCUUCAUCAUCGCUCCACGUUCGCUGACUACAAAAGCUACUCGUUAGUUAACUAACCGGCAGGCUUUGGAUACUUUAAAUCGUUCAUGACCGGCUUUGUUUCACUGCUGCUUCUUUUUAUCAGGCGGUUUUAUCUCUGGCAAGAUGCGCUGCACCCGAGAUCUAAUUGCACAUGUGUAAUUUAUUUAAUGGAGGCGAUGUCGUCAUUGCUGUGGACGCUGCCAACAAGCCCUCGCGUGCCAUAGCAUCCGCCUUAGCCAGCGCUGCAAAUGUAAAUAUCGGCGGACGUUUAUUUCUCUCGCCCAGAUACCAUCACAACCGACAUCAUCCUUUUCACUGCCCGACUUUAUAGGUGUUCUUUCGCACUUGGGUGCAGCCGUAUUCUCACUCCUUGUGUAGAAGGGGGAGGGGGGUGCUGGCAGACGGGUGUAGUCAAACCAGCUGCUGAACGAUGAGGUAUUCCGAAGACGAACGGCUGUGAGUUAAUACGCUGUAUUCUCGAUAACGUUGCUUUGCCGACAAAAAAGCCGGGAGCUGACUUUGACAAGUACUUGCUGUGCAGACAAUGCUUCUCAAAAGCAGCUAUUGACUCAAUGUACUCACUCACCAUAAACUCACAUAAACUCAUAAACACAAAUAAAUUCAUCACAUAAAUUCGCCAUCCACCCAUCCAUUCAAAACUUCAAUCCCAUUUGUCAUCACGGUUGCCUCCAUCGCUCCAGCGGCGAUGGCAUGCCGCUGGCGAUUACGACCGGUCACCGGCCCCCGGCCGUACCAAGCGGACCGACAGGCCACGCUGGCCGAUCUUCGAUGCGUGCGCCAGCUGACCGCUGCUGGCCGAUCUCCGAUGCGCACGUCAGCUGGCCGCUGCUGGCCGAUCUUCCAUGCGCACGCCAGCUGACCGCUGCUGGCCGAUCUUCCAUGCGCACGUCAGCUGGCCGCUACUGGCCGAUCUUCGAUGCGCACGCCAGCUGGCAGCAGCGGCCAAUGUGCCGCCGAUGAUAUCACAGCACGGCACGGUGGACAGGUCGCAGGAGGGCGCACACCAGACUCUGCCAGCGGAGGUGAUGCCGCCGCAUGACUCCCGCGCAGUUGAUGGCCGAGACGGGGGUCUGAAUACGGGUGUCGUCCCCGCCGCGUGAGAUACACUGGGCGGUCCUGGGGAGUGGGUGCGGGUCUAAUCGCGAUCUAUUCGCUUGCCACGUUCCGAGGCACGGCUCACCUCUGGUUUUUGUGUGCUCUCAUGUUCCAUUGUGCUUAGCCAUUCACCGCUUCGAGUUGAACAAACGUUCGCAGAAGCGUAAACGACCUUUCUGCCCACCGCCCACUCUGGGGGUAUGGGCGGAAUACAUGUAUCAGUACGAACCAAGCAGCAGUUGAAACGAAUCGCGCAUAUGGCCCGCUGAAAUGCUAUGAUCUAUCAGAUAAAACCCAUGAAUAUCGCUCGGGAACGCUCGUCACUGUAUCUUGCCUCCGUCUCAACCAACGAGAUCUUCAUACCCCUGUUUUCCAUUGGCUGCUCUGGCGUGCUUAUACUGGAUUUGGCAUAGACGGCUGCGUCUGUGCUAACAUGCUUUGUCUGGCGGUUGAGGUUUGGAAGGGCUCGCAGUCAUGUUAGCGGCCAUUUAAUUCGACCGCAGCUGGCCAUGUUGGGACCAAAGCGUGCUUCCUGGAUGCCAUAACCGUUAUUGUCGUCAUCAGGCCAGGGUUUUGCAGAGUUAUCAUCGGGAUCUCCAGUUUUACCUCAUCAAUGACCGCGCGAAUGUCAUGUGUUACCUGAAUCCAUGCCAAGCGCGCGAUCACGGUUGAUAAGUGCAUGGAUGGUGCGCGUGAUAUGACAGGUGUAGCAGUGGUCACACCAACUUCCAUGGAAAUGGCUACGUCCUAAUCGUCGUACAGUUAAAAGAUGGCCGUUCUGACGGGUUUUUAACGCCGACAUUUUCCAGACCUGAGCAAAGGUGCUGCUCCGGCGACUUAAACGCGCGAUAAAAUCGUGCUGUGGUCUUUUCUAACCAAACAGUAGGCGGCUUCUAAAGGCGAUUGUGAGUGCUGCCGAACGGACCCGUUCUGAGACUCCUCGGCAGAGGUGGCUUUUCGGCAUAAUCCCGCGGCUUCGUUUGUGCUUGAUCGCUCGCUGCAGCCCGAGCCCAGCUUCAUCUGAUAACGUGCUGGAGAUGCUCAUCGCGGCAUCUAUCAGACUGCGGUCAGCGCAUGGGCAUAGCACUGCUCGUGGCUGUGACGCCGGAGCUCUGGAGCGCUGCGGCAUGGACGCGACGUCACCUGUCCGCCGCUCGGUAACGCCGAGCUCCCCAGACCGCAGACACGGCGUCUGGGUUCAUCUCAGUCAGUGUGGCUUAGUGGCAGCAGCUGCGUCGUGUUCAAUGCAUACGUUGGCGGGGAACUCGAGAGGGGUGACCAUCUGCUGAGGGCGGCAUUUUGUUCAUGUUGGCUGUCGGAGCGCAAUUUUGCGGUGGGAACUAGUACAAGAAAAGGGUGCGCACUAGGACAUCUCUAAUUCGUCCGUCGUUCACUUGUCAAUGAAUGGAUUAUUUAAUACGAGGGACUUUGAUGGCGUUUCGUAAGGGCUUAUUUUGCCUGCGCCUGGCGUUCUUUGAAUCGGCAUGUCGGCAUCCGGCAAUCGGUUGUACGUGAGCGCACACGCGGCCUGAGGGCUGUGCAGGAGAAUUAACGUGGCGCUGAUUCAAGUCAAAUAGAAAAGUCAAGUCAAGCCCAUAGGACUAGCAUACGCCUCGAGCGUUUUGGUGCAUGUUUCUACGAGCGGCAGGUAAUUAUCUGAGAUGUAGCGUGCCCUUCGAUGUUAUCAGUCGCGGGACACUCAAGCAUAUACCUUCGUGGACCAUGUGUGCGUACGAGUAAUACAUCUAUGGCGGUGUGUAUUGAAGCAGUGGACAAACUCGCACCCUCAUCCCGCUUCGGUUCUCAGGUGCCGCGGUCUGACGCAGUCCGCCACGCGUUCACGCACCCCGAUUAGACGCAACCCGACCGCUAUCUGCGCAGCGACAGCUGUCGGUGGGGGACGAUAACCCAAGCGGCACUACUGCCCUUUGCCAGUGAAUCUGAUUUGGACGCCAGUGGGCAGACGACUGUCUGCUCCGAGUAGGCACCCGUCUCCACAUGAUAAAGGCACUCUAAUGAAUGGUGUUGUGCCGCACUGUGCAAACAUGCAUCGCUAUUUCCGAUUGGCCAAUAGACGGCACAUGACGUCAUUUCCGUUCACACGUCCGCGGCAGUUUGAUCGUUCACCACACACCAGCUCUGUCCUUUGCCGUAAUUGUCCAUUUCCUCAAACGCGAGUUUCGGAUGUUGUCCCAGCAAUGUUGCUUCAUUCACAACCGUUAAAUCACGGUGUUCCGCUUGGAUUCGCCGUGCAUCGCAUCAAGGGCGGAUGGAGCUGUGAGUCUUGGGCUAGACCAGCCUCCCAUUCCUGCUCAAAUUACCCCAAAACCAAGCUUUAUUAAGAAACUUAUGCAUCGUACAGUUAUGGUCAUACAGAACGUUUCACGCGCCGUGAAAUCCAUCCAUUUUCCUCAUCCACGCACCAGUCUGCAUCCUCGCGACGCCACACUUAUCCGGGGCCAGCUGCGUGCAUCAGCCGUGAGUUUACCCCGCCCUAGCGGCCGCUUGUACCCCGAAGAGGGAUUUUCUAUAAGGGCGAAGUAUCAGAUAAGGACUCGCAGGUGCCCUCGGCCUUUUCCCACCAUUAUCCGCUCCCCUUCAUCCCAUUGCCAUGAAAUGGUCACGAAUGGCCGGAAUGGCUGUAAUGUCACGUAUAAAAACGUGUUGUCGAAAGACUGGCAUGAUUAUUUUACUACUGUGUCCACCGAUGACGUUGCUUUGUUUCGGUUAUUUGGUUGCUCGAAUUAGAGCCUUCUCGGCCAGUCAUGACCUUUUCAGGGCUAUGGGAUGAAAGAGAAUGGGCAACGGUGGGGCAAGACUGCAUACACUUGGGGAACCAUCCGCCGCGGCUCGCACAGGGAAUCCGUCUGCUGGUGUGCUCGACGCUCGGACGGGGGUCCCCAACUUAGGUCCGCUCAUGGCUGGUGCACGCAUGCGUUGCCCCGGACAAACGUGGCUCCGCCAAGAAGUAGUAAAACGCGAGAACGAGGAUACAAGGGCGGAUGAUGUUUGCAGACAGCAGCUAUGGCAGGUAGUCAAUUUCUCCAUCUGUGGCGUCAAGGGCUCAUUGGUCCUUAAAAUAACCUGAAUACGUUUAACGUACGGAUACAUAUCCAUAGCAACCCAGAAAGUUUCUGACACCUUCGAGCUUCGAACCUGCGUCUUGCGGUUUGUAGGCCUGCGCUCUACAGACUGAGGCAAUGGAAACAUAUAAAAUUAGAACUAACUCUCGACAAUGGCCGGAGAAAGCCGGACCGAGAGGCUGGGCGAAAGGCAGCUCUAUUGACGAUGGCAAUGGUCCGAUUACAUAUCUAACUCAAAUGUUGUUCCCUUUGCUAAAUAAAUGAUGCCCCAGGGACGUAAUUUUUAACGUCCCGCGGGGACGCGUUAGCCUCGUGGGGCAGCCUCUAACACUUCAACGUGCCGCUCGCGACAGAGGGGACUUGCAUGAGACAAAGCGACAACGUUCGCAAAAAGAACCAACCCGACGCGCCAUGCUACCCGAUUCAGAUCUCAGCGCAUUGCAGGGCAUCCAAAUCCCAAGCACGGCAUCGGCUCAGGGAGCACGCGUUGCAUGUAACCCGCGGCCGUGACGUAGGUGGCCGGUGCAAUCCGAGCGCCGCGGUGCAAGCCGAGCGUCGCGGUGCAACUGGAGAGCAGGUGAUUGUCUGAUGACGUCAGCGGCGGCCAGCUGAUUGGCUGAUGACGUCAGCAGGGGCCCGGCGCAGCGAGCCGAUGCCUGACGGGCCGCGACAGGUGUCCUCCUGUCGAGGUCUGAGUCAGGUGGGGCGUCCCGCGGCAACACCUGGCUGACGAGGCGCGGCUCGGCCGGGGCGGGAAUUCUACUAAAGACAAUGUCGGCACGCUACCGCUCUCCACUGUUACGCUCUACGCGGUUACUGACAGAUGUCCAUCUCUCAUCUGCUGGCUUGCCUCUAAGCCCAUCUGCUAGACGCGACCAUUUCGUGCUUGAACAGUGAAAACCCCCUAUCCAACUGCCGAGCUUCCCCGCUGCUCUUUGUCCUAGAUGCCAAGCCUCAUUACGUAUCUUAGAUAAGAUAGUUUUUACCAUGCGGGAUGAACGUUAUCAAGGCGUGGCGACACACUUCGACCUAUGGAGUCGUUAGCGAAGAUAAGCACACGUAGCUGUUUGCUCAGAAUGCUGCUUAAAUUAUUUCCACCAUGCCCAUGCGUCUAUACGCGGUAAGUUGUCGAUCUCACAACCCAAGCUUUUGAGCAUAAUCCUCCGAACAUUCAGCUGAAAUGGAAAAGCUGCGUGUGCCCACUUUCCUCGAAAUUGCAUUGCACCGGUCGGUAAACUACACUGGAACUCUGCGUCAUCCCCGACCUGAUCACACCACUGCUUGUAAGGCCAUGCUAUCAACAGCUAAUCUUUGACUAUUAAUCUGCUAUGCGAUUAAAGGCGAUCAAAGCUGUGGUUCAAAAGUAUGGUCUGAAAUAUUUCUGAGGUCGUAUAGCAAACGUAGCAAUAUUCGAUAGGCAAUAGCUAAAUGCGUUAUUAUCUCAACGCCUAGGUAUAUAUUAAAGGGUAUGCAUAGAUUAUUGGGCACCUAACUUUCUACACUCCGGUAACGUUCUUUCAAAGAGCUCCCUGCGCGUGGCCGGCUUCCUCCAGCUUCGAGCACGCAUAAAACGAUGCUAUCUCUCUCCGUCCUUGCCAAAGCUAUUAGCAUUUAGUACAUUGGAUUGCACGAUAUCUGUAAUCAAGAAAAUUAUGUCUUAUACUGUCGUAAAAUUGACGCAUGGUGACAUCAGAGGUGAGUUUUAGUUAAAGCUACAAAGAGCAAUAUGGACAGUUAUUUGAUUUUCUGAACUUCUCACGGUGUAGGGCGCCUGUUUGGUUCAUUAAACACGUAUCAAACAGUGCGGCUUGCUUAAACCGUCUGUUACUCUUUCACCGUCGACGUAAGUUGGUCGAUUCCAUGACAGGUCAGAGGUCGGAAAGCUAAGCCAAAGAUGGGACAAUCAUUGUCAUUUUCAUUACAACAUGCUGUGCCAAGCAGGAAGUUGCUAGUAUUUAUAUUUCCUCAGUACCCGAAGCUGUGUACCAGCCAACACUGUCGGGCGCGCCAUUUUUGUAUUUUUGGCAAAUAUCUUCCAAGCAGACACCCACAUUCAUAUUUCGAACAUUACUCUUAACUGCGCGCCAACCAUGGACGUUAACGAACUUCUUGAACUUAUUUUGCAUGCUUGCGAUAUUUCAGGUCGAUGCCAAAACGUGACCAGGUGAAUUGGAGAUGUGAAACAAUUCCGAAAUAUUUAGACAUCUAGAUGGGCGUAUUACGCAAUCAGUGUGGUCUGGGAGCCAGAAAUGCAGGUCUCCGUCCCUGCACUCAGCUGCUGAACACGUCAUUUGCAAUACACCAGCAGUUGUGGGCCAUUAUGGAAUGCUGAAAAGUGCUGUCGUGUUCGGAGGGGGCCGUAGAGCCGUUUUGCUAAGUUUAUGAGUAUCAUAUAACAAAACAUGUUGAUGUACAUCUUGCGUACAUAUCACAGCCUUUUUUGAAAUUGGCAUUUCAAAUACAAUAUUUUGUACACUUUCAAAAUGUUUACAUAAGUUUAGCAGUAUCCAAGGGUGCACUUUGCUUGAAACGCAGGCCAUGAUUAUAAUGAUCAGGUAACUAUGAAUAUUCCGGGAGACAGACGCAUUUAAACGGUUUUUUGAAUUUGCAAUGAAAUUAGUAAUUUGAUGACAUUUAACUUAUUAUAUGGCGACUGAUGUUGACAAUUCCUGAGAACAAAUUUGAGUAAAACUUAGGGUAAUUUUAUUUGUUCGCUGUAUGUCCGAACCGGAUGCAAUGGAAUGUUAAUAUACAUGCAUGUAUAUAUAUAUAUAUAUAUAUAUAUAUAUAUA